AUGGGCUCUAUACAAGACUCCAAAUCGGACAACCAGCGUCCUACCGCUGAAGCGAUACCCUACCGAGGCGAGCCUCUUCCCAAUGUGGUAGAAGAUCUCGUUGUACCCAAGAUCCUGAAUUUCGGCAAUCCAGUCGACGAUGACGAAAAAUAUUGGGUGCCCCAAGCCCCGGAUAUUUGGUUCCGACCGCUUCUAUUUUCCGUUUCUCAGGGCUAUUUUGUGAAUUUGCUCCGUGUGCGACGAUCCGGUAUUCUUAGUCGCCACCGUCAUACUGGCCCCGUGCAUGCGACAACUUUGAAGGGAAGAUGGCAUUACCUGGAGCAUGAUUGGUGGGCCAACGAGGGAGGAUACAGUUAUGAACCAUCGGGUGAUAUCCAUACACUUGAGGUACCAGAGGGUGUGGAGGAGAUGAUUACUAUGUUCCAUGUGACUGGAGCUUACAUCUAUGUUGAUCCGGAAGGGAAUGCGAUUGGAAUUGAGGAUGUUUUUUCCAAGUUGAAGAGUGCACGAGAGCAUUACAAGAAGAUCGGACUCGGGGAGGACUUUGCAGACCAAUUUAUUCGAUAA